GCCACUCCCUGUAACAUCCUCCUCCUCUCCGCUCUUUGAAAAAGUUUGGCCGGCAUACGUGGAACACACGACUGAGAUGGCGCCCACCGCGAUAUACUCAGCGACUCCGGUCGGCGAGCCUCACAAGGUCGUGGCGGCGAUUCCCACUAAGGGCCCAGCACUCGCCAUCGGGUCGCCGGCUACCGCGCAGGAUGGGAAGUACCAGACGCUCGUUACGGAGCUGCAGGGCAGCAGGGAGGUCGAAAAGCAAAUGCUCGAUCGGCUGAUCGAUUCAGCGACCACGCUCGCUCCCAACACCUACGCAUCCGUCCACGUCGUCCUCUCCGAGCCGGAUUACGAAAGCCUGCGCCCCAAGCUGCCGUCUCUCCUUUCCCAGCUUUUGGCCGGCCUCUCACCGCUCGGCACGCUCCACCUCCUCAACAUCACCUCCGCGCUCUCCUACAUGCCGUCCGAGCUCACCCUCGCCGGCUUCAACGUCCUCUCCUCGCUCACCGCCGAGAGCGGCACCGUGAUCGCCCAAAAGCCCGCGCACUCCGUCGGCGCCGCGUCCUCGCUCAAGGGCCCGGCCGCGUCUAGCAUGCCCGCCGCCCCCGCCGUCGCGCUUCUCCGCAAGAAGCCUGUAGAUCCGAGCAAGGCGGCGACGAAGAAGGCGUUGUGGUCGCUCAGCGCGCCCGCCGCGCCGUCGAUCGAUCCGGAGAGCCUGCUCACCGCCGCAGACAGGGAGAAGCCCGCGGCGGCGUGCGAGCCCGUGACGGGCUCGUCGGGCAAGCCAAGGCGGAAGAAGGCGUGCAAAAACUGCACGUGUGGGUUGGCGGAGCUCGAGGAGGAGGAGCUCAGGAACAGCAAGGUGGUCGUGCUCGACGGUGCGGAGGGAGGACAGACGAGCGAGGUCGCGAGGGAGGAGAAGGAGCGGUUGGCGAAGGCCGCAGCCGCGGCGCCGAAGGCGACGAGCAGUUGCGGGAACUGCUAUCUCGGAGAUGCAUUCCGCUGCGCGAGUUGUCCUUAUCUUGGGUUGCCUGCGUUCAAGCCGGGCGAGAAGGUGGAGAUCGACUUCGGCAUGGAUGACGUUUGAAUUUGGGGCUGUAUUUCGCUAUCUCUCUUCUCGCCGUCUUGGAUAUCUUGUUCAUCAGUACAUACAGCUUGAAUGCAGUGUAAUCUCACAGGGCUUAGAGUCCCCGCGCUUGUGCC